AUGUCCAAACAAGCAAGAUACAUCCUCCUCUCGCUGCCGAACUCCAUCACCCCAUCACAUCACCACGACGAUGCUCUGGAAGCAAUACGCUCGAAAGUCUCGGACAACGGAAAUGUAGCUCCCUUUGCGGUACCAGAGUUCAAGAUCGGAACCCUGGACGCUCUGGUACAGCAGGCAGAUGAAUUGGGUAAAGUCGAGGCACUUUGCGAGAACGUCGUUAGUAAAGUGGGAGAUGUGAUUUCGAGCGUGCUGGAAGGCGAUGAGGCGCAGAUAUCGAGGAUGAAGACGGUCAAUGAGAGACCGCUGGAUCAAUACUUGCAAUCUUUUGCAUGGAACAAGGUCAAAUACAGAGCUGACAAGUCGUUGGCGGAGUUGAUUGAUCUACUGCAAAAUGAAAUCAACAGUAUCGAUAACGAUGUGCGAGCGAAGUUUACCCAGUACAACGGCGUCAAGUCAAACUUGGCCGGUCUACAGCGGAAACAAACAGGCAACCUUUCCACCAAGUCUCUCGCUUCAGUUGUCGACCCUAGCCUCCUCGUGCAGGACUCAGAGUACCUAGAAACUCACCUCAUUGCACUUCCUAGCCGAGAUGCUAAGGAUUUCCUACGUGUAUAUGAAACACUCUCACCCAUGGUUGUUCCGCGCUCCUCGAUACUUCUCGCUUCAGACGAGGAAUACACUCUCUACGGCGUAACGACGUUCAAGAAGCACAGUGCAGAAUUCAUCCACAAGUGCCGUGAGAACCGAUGGACGCCAAGAGAAUACAAAUACGUCGAGGACGGCGGCGAAGCAGAACGCAAGGAAAUCGAUCAAGUUGCCGGUGACGCUAAGAGGCUGUGGGGUGAAGCUUUGAGGCUCGGAAAGACAGGAUGGGGCGAAGCUGUGAUGGUGUGGGUGCACAUCCUUACCUUGAGGAUGUUCGUCGAGACUGUCCUGAGGUACGGGUUGCCGUUGGAUUUCACAUCCGUCUUGAUCAAGAGCACGGGUAGGAACGCUAAAAAGAUCAAGGAUGCGCUCGACUCAUCGUAUUCUUACCUAGGCGGUAAUGCCUUUACUCGGGACAAGAAAGGUCGGGUUCGGAAGGACGACCCGAAUGAGAUGCAACAGGCGGGUGUUCCCGACACGGCAGCCGAAUAUACAGCCUUUGUAUAUUAUGAGUUCGAGGUCGAGUAA